AUGGAUACUGGGCGUCCGGACCUAGGCCCACGGCUGUCGAUGUCGGGGGCCGGUCACUUAUCCUUGGAUGACGUCGAAGCCGUCGAUGUCCAGAUCCGGGAUUUAUCAGUCACCGUCGACACGUCACCGUCGAUAUGGGACCCUGCGACUUAUCCCGACUUGUUUCGUCAAACGCUGAGGAAAGGACAAGGCGGUCCGAAGACCAAGACCCUGCUUCACUCGGUCAAUGCAUCCCUACAGCCCGGCUCCUUAACGGCGAUUCUGGGCGGCAGCGGCUCUGGGAAGACGACUCUACUAAAUACAGUCGCAGAACGCGUGUUUAGCUCCCGCCUCUCUCAGUCUGGGACAACUAUCUUCAAUGGCCUGGAAGGUGUACACUCCGUUAGGCAUGCGUAUGUCAUGCAACAAGACAUUCUUCUCCCAACUCUGACCGUUCGCGAGACGCUGAGGUACUCAGCAAACUUGAGGCUACCCCCGCCAACUACGGAGGAUGAGCGCAUGCGCAUCGUCGAGGAGGUCAUCCUCGAAUUGGGUCUUAAAGACUGCGCCAACACCAGGAUCGGAAACAGCCAACAUCGCGGGUGUAGCGGUGGCGAGAAGCGAAGAACAAGUAUUGGCGUGCAACUGCUGGCGAACCCCUCGAUUCUCUUCUUAGACGAGCCCACCACCGGCUUAGACGCGACGAGUGCUUAUCAACUGGUGCGGACUCUCAAGGCCCUGGCGAACAAGGGACGUACCAUUAUCACGACUAUCCAUCAGCCGCGAUCCGAGAUCUGGGACCUCUUCGACAACCUCAUCAUCUUGACCAAGGGGAGUCCGGUGUACUCCGGACCCAUGAAGGAAUGUCUACCUUGGUUCUCGCUGCUAGGAUUCGAGCUACCUCCCUUUGUUAACCCGGCCGAAUUCUUGAUCGACAAUGCCGCGAUUGAUAACCGCAGUCCCGAACGGGAGGAGGAGAGCACUGCUAGAGUCCAGCGUUUGAAGGCUGCCUGGAGUGAAGAGUCGCAGAAAUCGUUCAGCUAUUCGCCGACUGAGAACGCUUCCGACGCGAAGAAGAAGGCUAAGAGACCACUCACGAGCCAACAACACGCAGGCUUCUUCCGCCAGCUGCGAGUGUUGACUGACAGGACCCUCAAAGUCACCUAUCGAGACCCGAUGGGAAUGGCUGGCUCUAUCAUGGAAGCUAUCCUCAUGGCGAUUAUCACGGGAUAUAUCUUCUAUAACCUGUCCCGCGACCAGCCGGGCAUCCGAUCCCGACAAGGCGCGUUAUACAUCUCGGUGGGCUUGCAGGGAUAUCUCUUCUUGACAUUCGAGAUUUACCGUCUCACAUUGGACAUCCCAACGUUUGACCGCGAAAACAGCGAGGGUUGCGUAACGACGCUCCCCUUCAUGCUGUCGCGCCGGAUCGCGCGUCUCUUUACCGAGGACCUGCCCGUACCGUUCUUGUACAGCGUCAUCUUCUAUUUCAUGGUGGGCUUCGACCUUAGCGUGACCAAGUUUUUCACGUUCUUCGCCAUCCUCCUCCUAAAUCACUUCAUCGCCGUUACGCUGGCCAUGAGUACCGUCUCCGCCGUUCGACAUUUCCCUGGGGCGAGUUUGAUCGCAAACUUGGCGUAUACUCUGCAGAGUAUGGCUUGUGGGUAUUUCAUACAGAGCAAUACGAUGCCAGUGUAUGUGAGAUGGACCAAGUAUAUUACAUAUACGUACUACGCCUUCGGGGCGCUCUGCGGCAACGAAUUCGAGGGCAGCUUCUACGACUGCCCCUUGCCGGGUGGCGAGUUAGACCCGGCCUGCAAGACAUUCACGGGACGCUACAUCAUGGACAACCUCGGAUUCCCAAACAAUUGGGUCGCCCGCCCGAUCAUCGCUCUUGUAGGCUUCGUCCUUCUGUUCCUCCUCACGGCCUGGGUCGGCCUGGCUUUUCUCAAAGUCGAGAUGACGAUCGCGCGCGCCCGAACAUCCGACACCGAUCUCUCAGCCGGAAAGGAAAAAAUGAAUGCCAGGUCGAUGUACGAGGUCCGAGCGAUAGACGUCGGCCUCGACGACUUUUCCCUAGAGCUCGAUAAGAGAUCUCCGCUCGGCAGGAGGCUACCGGUCAAGACGAUCCUCAACCCGGUCUCUACGACCUUCCAAGCCGGCAAGCUCAACGUGAUAAUGGGACCUUCUGGCUCGGGCAAGACAAGUCUUCUUAACGCAAUGGCUUUGCGUCUCCAUAACACGAUUGGAACGAGGUACCGUCCGUCCGGAAGGUUGACAUUCAACGGCGCUGUGCCAUCCGACUCGGUGAUACGGUCGGUGGUGUCUUAUGUCUGCCAGGAUGAUGACGCGCUGCUCCCGUCUCUUACGGUCCGUGAAACCCUGCGUUUUGCGGCCGGUCUUCGCCUCCCGAAAUGGAUGAGCAAGUCUGAGAAGAACCAGCGAGCCGAGGAAGUUCUGGUCAAGAUGGGUCUCAAGGACUGUGCGGAUAACCUGAUAGGCAAUGAACUGGUGAAGGGCAUCUCUGGCGGUGAAAAACGUCGCGUCAGUAUUGCCGUCCAGAUUCUUACCGACCCCCGAGUACUCCUUCUCGACGAGCCGACGAGCGGAUUGGAUGCUUUCACGGCGAGCAGUAUCUUGGAAGUGAUCCAAGGGUUAGCUAAGGAAGGACGCACGUUAAUCCUCACGAUCCACCAAGCCAGAUCCGACAUCUUCAAGCACUUCGGAAACGUGCUCUUGCUUGCCAGGGGAGGAUCACCCGCCUAUGCAGGCUCUGCGAAGGAUAUGCUUCCCUAUUUCCACGCCCUCGGAUACCAAUGCCCGCAACAUACGAACCCGGCUGAUUACGCGCUCGACCUCAUCACGAUAGAUCUUCAGGAGGCGCACCGUGAGGAGGAGAGCAGGGAGAAGGUUCGGCGGCUCAUCGAGUCGUGGGAGCGAGUCACGAAGCACUCUCCGUCCGCCCCACGACUGUCCAAUAUCAACGAGGCCGAAGAGUUGAGGGUCGAGGCGACUCACGAAAAGUUCGAUGCUAACCGCCAUGCUGGCGCUGGGAAGGAGACCUUGGAAUCACCAGACGAGGUAGGGGAAGAAGGUGAAGGUGCUCAUCCUGAUGGGGAGCUUGCAAGACGGCUUUCGAACCCACUGCCACGGCGGUCAAUUAACAAAGCUGCGCUGGCCACGCCUGCGGAACUCGGCGCACUUGUCCACAAGCGCGCCUCGUUUAUGACGGCAUUCCCGCUCUUGCUCCAGCGCGCGACGAUCAACCUCCGCCGACAGCCACCUCUCCUGCUGGCCCGUACGAUGCAAGUCGUCGGGUUGGCAGUUGUUUUGACCCUGUUCUUCGCGCCGCUGCAUAACGACUACUACAGCGUUCAGAACCGCGUGGGUUUCGUACAAGAAAUGUGCGCGUUCUACUUCGUCGGCAUGCUGCAGAAUGUAGCCGUGUACCCGGCGGAGCGCGAGGUGUUCUACCGCGAAGAUGACGACGCGGUGUACAGCGUCGAGGCGUUCCUGGCGACGUACACGCUGCUGGAGGUCCCGUUCGAGAUCGUCGCGUGUCUCGUCUUCGGCGUGCUGGCCGACUUUGCGGUGGGGUUCCCGCAGACGGCGACGCUGUACUUCGUGAACGUGUUCUGCUGCUUCGGGAUCGUGUCGUGCGGCGAGAGCCUCGGCAUCAUGUUCAACACGCUCUUCAACCAUACCGGAUUCGCCGUCAACGUCAUCUCGAUCCUGCUGUCGGUAGCGCAGAUCAUGGCCGGCAUCAUGUCCAUCAACAUGCCGGAGCUGUUCCAGGCGUUCAACUUCAUCAGCCCGCUCAAGUACGCGACAGCGGCGCUGGCCCCCUUCACCCUGCGCGGCGUUGAGUUCACGUGCGAGGACGCGCAGCGCCUGCCCGACGGCCGCUGCGCCAUCGAGACCGGCGAGCAGGUCCUCGACCUGUAUAAGCUCAACGACGACCCCGUCAUCCACAUUGGCGCUCUAGCAGCCACUGUCGUGAUCUACCGCCUUGUCGCGUGGCUGCUACUGCGGCUCACGCGGACGCGGUGGAAGAAUGUUGUCCAAAAACCGAAGAAGCAGUAA